UACCGGUGUGUCUAUGAUAUUCUAAUUUGCGUUUUUUUCCCAAUACAUUAAUUUCAGAGGUUAUUUUUGCUAGAAGUCUCAGGUUGUCUAGACAAACAUCUCAACAGAGUAAGAAGCUGGUUGUGAUAACAAAUUCCUCUGCGUCUCAGGUUACUGUCACUAGGCAAACUACAGCAGGCUGUUCAUAAUCUGUAUUCACCAUCAACACUGUCUACACAAAAUGCCUAUUAUUUUACCACAACUACCCGAGUCUCUAUUUUCCAGCUAUGAUCCAAAAUAUGUACCAGGUUAUACAGCUUACACUCCAAAGCUCCGCAGUGAACAAGGUAAAAUAUAUGGCAAUGCUACUCUAAAAUCAGCCAACUAUGAACCUGGCCUCCAAAGUUGUGCAGGCAAUUGCAUUCCUUCCUUUAAGUUGGAGCUGGGUGAAAAAGUUUCUAAUUUUUCAAAAGAAGAUGCAGAAAGCUGGAACAAUCAUCAUGGAUAUUUUCAUCCAUCAAGUGGGAAGUAUUUUUAUACUCAAAGAAACCACACUUAUGACGGAAAUCCUCGGACCUCAUCUGCAAUAAAAGUGAUAGAGGAAAUAAAAUAUGAUCUUAGCACACCUGCAAAAUUUACUUUACCUGAAAAGGACAGAUGGGCUUCAAUAAGAGAGGGUAGCCUAAGAGAGAGGUCAAAGCAUAAUGGGAGAAAUGAGCAGACAGGUGAAGUGCCUGGUCAUCCUUCUUACAGAAAUGAAAAUCUGAAAAACAUCUUCAAGGAAGAUUUGAUAGGAAGCAAUCCUUCUACAAAGUUAUCCCAUACAAAUGAAUAUCUACAAAGAAGACAAGGGAAAUUAAUAUACAGAGCAAACAGUGGCCUCCUCCCUAACUAUUCAGGAUAUACACCCGGACAAAUGUUUUCUAUAGGGUCCACAUGGGGAAAGAGUAGUGUAAACGCCAUAGGAAAGCUGCAUGAGCAAAGAUUCCAAUGGACAUCUCUCUUCUGAAAUUUCCACACUUGAUUCUGCA